CAUCGUCAUUCAUCCUUCCGGUUCUUCUUCUUCCCUCUUUCCUCUUCUUCUCUCUCUCUUCUCUUCUUUUUCUUCUUCUUUCUCUGUACUUUUCUCGUUUACUCACUUCCUUCCACAAUUUCCUUCUUCAAACACUCUCCCCGUCUUUUUCAAUCACACCAACACAUCUUCAAAAUGCCUCGUCAAUUUUUCGUGGGUGGUAACUUCAAGAUGUAUGGAAACCCCUCCAUCCGCUGCCCCGCCAGCUCUUCACCACCAAAUAUCGCUUCACCCUCAACGAGCCCGCUGGCUAACGAAUGACUUCUGCGUUACUCUCACACAGGAACGGUACUGCGGACAGCAUUACCUCCAUCAUCAAGAACCUCAAUGCCGCCAAGCUGGACGAGUCCGCCGAGGUGGUUGUCUCUCCCCCCACCCUCUACCUGCUCCCCGCCCGCCAGGCCGCCGGCGAGAAGAUCGGCGUCGCCGCUCAGAACGUCUUCGACAAGCCCAACGGUGCUUUCACCGGUGAGAUCAGUGUCGAGCAGCUUCGUGAUGUCAAGAUCGACUGGACCAUCAUUGGUCACAGCGAGCGCCGUGUUAUCCUGAAGGAGAGCGACGAGUUCAUUGCCCGCAAGGUCAAGGCCGCCAUUGACGGUGGCCUCAGCGUUAUCUUCUGCAUUGGCGAGACUCUCGAGGAGCGUGAGGCCAACAAGACCAUCGACGUUGUCACCAAGCAGCUCAACGCUGUUGCCAAGGAGCUCACCAAGGAGCAGUGGGCUAAGGUUGUUGUCGCCUACGAGCCCGUCUGGGCUAUCGGUACCGGCAAGGUCGCCACGACCGCCCAGGCCCAGGAGGUCCACGCCGCUAUCCGCAAGUGGCUCGUUGAUGCCAUCUCCCCCGAGGCUGCCGACAACACCCGCAUCAUCUACGGUGGUUCCGUCAGCGAGAAGAACUGCCGUGACCUGGCCAAGGAGGCCGAUGUCGACGGUUUCCUGGUUGGCGGUGCCAGCUUGAAGCCUGCCUGUAUGUGUACCCUUCCAUGUGGUUGAUGCAGCUUACUGAUUAUUCUGUUAUAGUCGUUGACAUCAUCAACGCUCGUCUGUAAACAAUUGAAUGAUUGAUGGACAUGUGAUAUGAUAUCCAAAUCCCAAUAGGCGGGGAAGUCAGCCUGGGAACUCUGCAGACACCAUGACCAAUUGCAGAGCAUGAAAAUCUAUAAAGAAUAUAAAAAAUCGAAUCUAUACCAAAUAAAUCCAAAUUGAAUACCACCAUUAACCUUACCUUCCCCAUGCACCCUCUGUAACUAUAACUCUAGACAAAUAUUAAUUAC